UCUCUGUCUCUCCUCCUCCCUCCUCCUGCUCCGGGCGGAGCCCGGCAUGGGGGGGCCGGCGCCCGGCAGGCCAGUGGAUCCGGGACCCAGGGAGGGCCGCCCCCCGGGCCUGGUGGCGCUGAGCAGGGCCCCCCAGCCCCCACCUCCUGCCCCACGACAUGAACCUCCUCUACCGAAAAACCAAACUGGAGUGGAGGCAGCACAAGGAAGAGGAGGCCAAGCGGAGCUCCAGUAAGGAGGAGGCCCCCGCAGGCCCGGCAGGGCCUGGGGCUGGCCCGGGGCCCGGGGUCCGAGUGCGGGACAUCGCCUCGCUGCGCCGCUCCCUCAGGAUGGGCUUCAUGACGAUGCCCGCCUCCCAGGAGCACACCCCCCACCCCUGCCGCAGCGCCAUGGCCCCACGCUCCCUCUCCUGCCACUCAGUGGGCAGCAUGGACAGUGUGGGAGGUGGCCCUGGGGGGGGCAGUGGGGGUCUCACAGAGGACAGCAGCACGCGAAGACCCCCCGCCAAGCCCCGGAGACACCCCAGCACCAAGCUCAGCAUGGUGGGGUCAGGGGCAGAGACACCCCCUAGCAAAAAAGCAGGCUCACAGAAGCCAACCCCAGAGGGCCGAGAGUCCAGCCGGAAGGUUCCUCCGCAGAAGCCCAGGCGAAGCCCCAACACCCAGCUCUCUGUCUCCUUCGAUGAGUCCUGCCCCCCAGCCCCCUCUCCUAGAGGGGGGAACCUGCCCCUGCAGCGCCUCAGUAGGGGGUCCCGAGUAACUGGGGACCCUGAUGUGGGUGCCCAGGAGGAAGAGCCCGUGUACAUUGAGAUGGUGGGGGAUGUCUUCAGGGGGGGAGGAGGAAGUGGAGGGGGCCUAACUGGGCCCCCUCUCGGGGGUGGGGGCCCGACCCCUCUAGCGGGUACCGACUCAGACUCCGAAGAGGGGGAGGCCAUAUAUGAGGAGAUGAAGUACCCGCUGCCCGAAGAGGCGGGGGAAGGCCGGGCCAACGGGCCGCCCCCCUUGAUGGCAACCUCCCCACCUCACCAGCCUCAUGCCCUUCAGCCCCACACCCACCGUCGUCCAGCUUCAGCCCUCCCAAGCAGGAGGGAUGGGACACCCACCAAGACCACCCCUUGUGAAAUCCCCCCACCCUUCCCCAAUCUCCUGCAGCACCGUCCUCCACUCCUGGCCUUCCCCCAAGCCAAGUCUGCUUCCCGAACCCCUGGCGAUGGGGUCUCAAGGCUACCGGUCCUCUGCCACUCCAAGGAGCCAGCGAGCUCCACCCCAGCUCCCCAAGUGCCUGCACGGGAGCGGGAGACGCCUCCCCCACUGCCUCCGCCUCCUGCUGCCAACCUGCUGCUGCUGGGACCAUCGGGCCGGGCCCGGAGCCACUCCACACCAUUGCCACCCCAGGGCUCUGGCCAGCCCCGGGGGGAGCGGGAGCUCCCCAACUCCCACAGCAUGAUCUGCCCCAAGGCGGUGGGGGUGCCAGCAGCCCCUCCUGCCCCGGCUGCCUUGCUCCCCGGCCCCCCCAAGGACAAGGCCGUGUCUUACACCAUGGUGUACUCGGCAGUCAAGGUGACCACACACUCCGUCCUGCCAGCUGGUCCACCCCUGGGUGCUGGGGAGCCAAAGACGGAGAAGGAGAUCUCAGUCCUCCACGGGAUGCUGUGCACCAGCUCAAGGCCCCCCAUGCCAGGGAAGUCCAGCCCCCACAGCGGGGCCAUGGGCGCAGCAGCUGGGGUCCUCCACCACCGCAGCUGCCUGGCCUCCCCUCACAGCCUUCCGGACCCAACUGCAGGCCCCCUUGCCCCCCUCUGGACCUACCCAGCAGCAGCAGCUGGGCUCAAGAGACCCCCUGCCUAUGAGAGCCUCAAGGCUGGGGGGGUGCUGAAUAAGGGCUGUGGAGUGGGGGCCCCAUCUCCCAUGGUCAAGAUCCAGCUACAGGAACAAGGAACCGAUGGGGGUGCCUUUGCCAGCAUCUCCUGCGCCCACGUCAUCGCCAGUGCAGGGACACCAGAGGAGGAAGAGGAGAUGGGCGCCACAACAUUUGGGGCAGGCUGGGCUCUGCAGAGGAAAGUCCUGUAUGGAGGGAGGAAGGCAAAGGAUCUGGACAAGGUCGAGGAUGGCCCCCGGGCCUGGAAUGGCAGUACGGAGGGUCCAGGCAAGGUGGAGCGUGAGGACAGGGGCCCUAUGACAUCAGGGAUCCCAGUGAGGAGCCAGGGGGCAGAGGGCCUGCUGGCCAGGAUCCACCACGGAGGAGACAGAGGAGGGAGCCGCACGGCGCUGCCCAUGCCCUGCCAGACCUUCCCCGCCUGCCACCGCAAUGGAGACUUCACGGGAGGCUACCGCCUGGGGCGCUCAGCCUCCACCUCGGGAGUCCGGCAGGCCGCGCUCCACACCUCCCGGCCCUGCAGCCAGCCCAGGGAUGCCCCCAGCCAGACCCACCCCGCGCUGCCGCUGCCGCUGCCCCUGCCGCCCCAACCGGCCCGCGAGCGCGACGGCAAGCUGCUGGAGGUGAUCGAGCGCAAGCGCUGCGUGUGCAAGGAGAUCAAGGCGCGCCACCGCCCCGACCGAGGCCUCUGCAAGCAGGAGAGCAUGCCCAUCCUCCCCAGCUGGCGGCGGGGGCCCGAGCCCCGCAAGUCCGGCACCCCGCCCUGCCGCCGGCAGCACACCGUCCUCUGGGACACUGCCAUCUGAGGAGGGCGGGGAGGCCGGGGCACCUGGACUGGGGAGCGGGGCGGGGCACGGCACGCCCGGCUCUCCCGGGAGAUUUGCCUUGAGAGACACUGAAGGAUCAGGUGAGAGAGAGCCAGGGAGAACCCCUGCCCUCCACCCCAGCCCCCGGAGAUGGGGAGCCUGCCAGGCCCAUCGGACUUGGGGUGCCAACGGCACCACCGAGAAAUCUGGGGGAGGAGGAAGGGUUUGCUUGAAGUCGGGGUGAGACCCUGCGGCUGUUCUCCCCACUGAGUGUGGUAGACCUCUGCUCCUGAGAGGGCAAAGGUCAGCAUGGGGGGUGAAGGAAGGAAGAGCUCGGGAGGAAGGAUGGGGGGGUGGGUCGAAUGAAAGAGAGGGCCUAGAGAGUGAGGUAGAGGAGCUCUUUUGUAGAGUCGGGAGUCGUUGGGGAGGGGUAUUUAUUUUGUUAUUUAUUUUAGUCUGGAGGGCAAUUCUGGGCCCUUCUGACCUACUUCUGAGCAGGGAGUGGAGAAUCAAGGCCAAGUUUGCACUCUCCCCAGUGCCAAUGCGUAAAGGCCCCACCACCCAGGCCACCCCACAGCCAGGGAGGGGUGUGCACAGGGAGUGGACUGAGAGAAGGGAGGGGCCCAGGUGAGCGGAGGGCCGGAGACCAUUUCCAGUAUUUACAAUUUGCCAGAAUUUGGUAGUCAGUGUGGCCUGCUCUGAAACAGGCAUCUUACUUAGUUAUGGGGUGAGGGUCUAGCGCCAGGGAUGGGCGGGAUCAUGGGGAAGGAGGGAAAUUUUAGCGGGUGGGGGGUGGGCAGGGUAUUUAUUUAAAUUAAAAAACAAAAACAAAACAGAAGAGAUGUCAGGAACUUUUUUUUAAUUCCUUUCUUUUCAGAAUAAUAUAUUAAAAGACUAAUGAUCCUA